AUGCGUCAACGAACGGUGAUGGAAGUGCGUGAAUCUCUAACCCAAGCAAUUGGACACAUUUUAAAGGCUAUUCCAAAGCCUCAACCACCACCACCACCGCCACCACAGCCAUUGCAGCAGCCAGCGGUUGAGUUUCCCAUACUAAAGAGUCCUCUCAGUCAAGUGUUUCAGCAAUUCAACAGCUACGCCACAAUUAACUCGAAUAUUGUAGACGAACUUUCCUGUGCUGAUGUAGGCAAGGUGAUUGGAGGAGAUCUGCAAGAUGCUGACGAUAGGUAUGUUCUGACAAUUGAGCUGGAAAAGAAGGAUCGCAAACCAAACAAACUCAAAUCGGACAAAAAGUGUUCAAAAGUCACCGUGCCUGAGUCGUAUUAUUCUCUAUCACCUUAUUUUAUCCCUCCCAAGGGACACGAAGUGGAAACGGUUGUGCGACAGGGUCGCAAUCAGAAGGCAGCUGCGAUUGAAUUGAAAGGGGAAGAAAAUCCUUCAGAUAAAGUUGAAAAUGCAUAUUUUGAAACUGAGGAGUACAAGAGUGAAGGCACACUAAAGCCAACACCCAACUUUGACUGCAACGCCGAUUGCCAGCGUCUGCGCAAGGCCAUGAAGGGUCUAGGCACCGACGAAAAAGGCAUUAUCGAUGUUCUUGCCCGACGAUCAAUCCGUCAACGCCUUGACAUCGUAAAACAGUUCAAGACCCUCUAUGGAUUGGAUCUCAUCAACGAAUUAAACAAUGAGAUCAGUGGCAAGUUCUUCAAGGUGUGCCGUGCGCUCUGCUUAGAACCUGAGGUCUAUGAUGCAGAAGAGUUGCGAGAAGCCGUAGAGGGCAUUGGAACUGACGAGGAUUGCCUCAUUGAGAUUAUCUGUUGUCGCACCAAUGCACAGAUUGCGAAGAUUAAGGAGGCGUACAAGAAAAUUUUUAGCCGCGAUCUUGAAAAGGACGUUCACGAUGACACUUCAGGACAUUUUCAGAGACUCAUGGUCUCGUUACUUCAAGGGAAUAGGAAUGAAAGUCCCACAUUUGAUCGUAAGAAGGCUCGCAAGGAUGCUGAAGAAUUAUUAGCAGCUGGAGAGAAGAAGAGCGGCACAGACGAAUCGAAAUUCAAUGAGAUCCUAAUUUCCCGCUCCAAUGCCCAUUUGCGAGCGGUAUUUGAGGAGUAUGAAAAAGUAAGCAAGAAAACAGUAGAAGAGGCUCUGAAGUCAGAGAUGUCAGGCGACCUUCUACGUGCUUUUCUGAGCGUCGUACGAAGCGUCCAAAAUAAACCCGCAUUUUUCGCGAAGACGUUGCAUCGCUCGAUGAAGGGGAUGGGCACAGAUGAUGACUCGCUUAUACGAGUGAUCGUUACGAGGUGUGAAAUUGACAUGGUACAGAUAAAGAAUGCCUUCAAGGCGGAGUACGAAGAGACACUUGGAGAGUUUAUUAAGGACGACACUUCCGGAUUUUAUCGACUGGCAUUACUCACAUUAAUAGGUGAGGAAACACUGAUAAAAAAUUGA